AAUUUGGUGGUCUGACUUUUUCGUCAUCAUCCGUUUUAUUUAUUGCUAACCUAUAAGGCAAUCCCCAUAAUUCUUCUUGGACCUCUUAUUCAAUGACACAUCGCACCGAUAAUGGCUGAAACGGAAGAUUCGAGUCACGUGUCGAAGGCUGUAAAAGCGGAAGAGGCAAUAAUCAAAGCCGAAGGUCUAGGUAAAGAAUGGUUUGCUAUCACAGCUUUUCCCCUCUUUGCCGGAACUUUCGGUCCUAUCGCAACAGCAUUGAAUGUGUGUGCUUUGGUACAGGCAUGGAGGUGCGAGAAUCCAUAUGCGACAGACCAGAAGGAUGUCCAUGAUCCAGCAUGGCUUACGGGCAUCAACGCCAUUUCCCUUGCUUUUGGAGUCAUAGCCAACCUCGCCAUCAUGUUCGUGGGCGGAAAGAAAGGCUCACAUGCUGCAAGGCACAGCUUCUAUCUUGUCCUCGUUACCAUCGUCGGAGGUAGCCUGGCUUCGAUCAUCCUCGUUGUCUUGGUCAUUGUUGCUUCAAUGACCUUGCAGCUUCCUUCACCUCCCAAUCAUGCUUUUACGGAAGCAUACUACUACGCGAUCAUGGCCGCCGCUCUGUACUUCAUCACUUCAGUGUUUAUAGUCUACACAGCAUACAUGCUUUGGGAGACUCUCAAGACUCGUAAAGGAAGACGAGAGCUCUCGAAGCAAUUCGCUGGCCAGCAUCGAAGUCUAAAGAUACUAACCAUUCUCUUCCUCGUGUAUCUUUUACUCGGAGCUAGAGCGUUCGCCAAGAUUGAAGGAUGGAGGUACUUGGAUGCAGUAUUCUGGGCAGAUGUUACCAUUUUGACAGUCGGAUUCGGAGAUUUCAAGCCCACCACUCAUCUUGGAAAAUCUCUACUCAUCCCCUUUGCUCUCUGCGGCAUUUUCAUACUCUUCUUGGUCGUAUACUGCAUAACUCAGGUGGUGUUUGAGCCUGGGAAAUCUAUGUGGGAAAUUCAUAUCAGGGACCAAGCGCGUCUGAAAAGGAUCCGCGAGCGAGAAGGACGCAAACCCAAUAAACAUUCCCUGUUUGGAUCUCGAUUUCAGGACAGCAGCUCUAGCGAAACGAACAACGGUGUUGCUGGGAGUACCUCUCUGCAUACUGGAACAGUGCUCGAUCAUAAAAAGCAACAACUUCUAGCAGAAAGAGCAGCGCGAGAACAAGAUUUUCUUACAAUGCGCUCAAUACUCAUGCAAGCCAAACGCAGACGCAUCUUCUUCUCCAUGUACCUAUGGUUAGGGUUUGCAGUAUUCCUCUGGUUUUUCGGUGCUGCUCUCUUCUAUUUCUGCGAACGAGAUCAAGAUUGGAGCUACUUCACUUCGAUAUACUUUACUUUUAUAUCACUGAUGACGAUUGGAUAUGGAGACGAUACCUUACAUAGCAUGCCAGGGAAAGCCGUUUUCGUACUUUGGAGUCUCAUUGUUGUUCCGACACUUACGAUGCUCAUCUCCACUGGAACUGAAGCUAUUGGAGUUCCAUACUUGCUUAACAUGCAAGAGUGGUUCAAGAGACGAGUAUUGAAGAGAGAAAGAACAGCGGGAGGACAUAUGAAGAAGAUGACAAGUCACAUCUUCAAAUCCCCACUAUCUAAAGACGCUCUCGGCCGUGUCACCCAUAACAAUCACGAUAAAAACCACCUCCGGAUGCGUGCCAUAAAAUCAAUAACUCGAGACCACCUCCAGCACCAAACCUCGAACUCGCAACCAGAUUACAGUUUCGAAGAUUGGGAAUACAUGUUCUAUCUCAUGGAUAUUUUGGAGCCUCUUUCAGACGACGAGCCGGAAGCCACGAGUGUGAAAGAGAAGAACGAACGACCGAUGUAUGGACAGAAAGGAGAACGAAGUAAGGAAAGAAAGACAGGAAUGGAAGAAUGGCAAGAUGGUGCUCAGAUUCCCGAUUGGCUACAUGGUAUGAAUCCUUUGAAUGUCCCAGAACCAGUCACAGAAUGGAUGCUCGAGGCACUUAUGGAGAAGCUUGAAAGCGAGUUGGCUGAGUUAAGGAGGAGGGAAGGGAACACGAAUGUCUCUGAAUGAUAGUUGGUUCUGUUUGAUUUUGUCAUGAUACCACUGCAGCGAAUGCAAUAAUAGGAGUUUUGGAUGAGGCACCUAAUGUAAGAAUAAGAGAAAGAACCUGAUUGAUUGGGCUUGUACCACUAUUAUGAAUGAAAAAUGUGUGACGG